AGUAUAUAGGAGGUAUAUAAGCCGGCUGCCCUGAGGAGGGCCGAGGGUGGGGGUAUAAGGACGAUGACGAAGUUUACUGUACCGCUCAUUGGGGUUGCUGUGUUGACGGCGGGUGUGGGGAUGUAUUUGGGAGUGGGAGGGAAGAAUGAUGCUUGUGCGAUCCUUUCGAAAGCCUUCCCGGACGAUACCGCGAUGCCGGGGACAACGGCAUACGCAGAGGCCAAUGGCUUCCACUCAAACAACACGGAAGCGCACCCUUACUGCAUCUUCACGCCGCGCGACACGCCGGCGGUAGCCUUCGGCGUGCGGACUAUGGUGUCCACGUCGACGGAGUUUGCGAUCCGCAGCGGCGGCCACAGCAUGAACCACGGGUUCGCGUCGACGUCCUCGGGCGUUCUCAUUUCGCUCGGCGCAAUAAAGACGAUCGACAUCGAUGUCGCCGGGGGGACCGCGGUCCUCGGCGCGGGAAACACCUGGGGAGAGGCGUACGCCAAGCUCGCUACCAGCAACGUGACGGUGGCAGGGGGCCGCGCUAAUACCGUCGGCGUGGGCGGACUGAGUCUCGGCGGAGGGCUGUCCUUCCACCUCUACGAGCACGGCUUCGGCGCCGACAACAUCGUCUCCUACGAAGUCGUCACGGCGGCGGGGAAGAUAAUCACCGUCAAUGCCGAGUCCUAUGCGGACAUGUUCCUUGCCCUGAAGGGCAGUGGCGCGCCGUUCGCGCUCGUCACGAAUUUCACGUACCGGCUCUUCCCCGCCACGCCCAUCUGGGGCGGGACGAUCUUCAGCGGCUCCGGCACCAUCCCCGCGCUGUCGAAGGGAGUGGCCGAGUUUAUGGCUACGGGCAUCGAGGACGUGAAGACGCAUCUGAUCGCUGGCAUAGCGAUGCAGCUCGUUGACGCUGGCGACGGGAACAUGGUGGUGGGGAAGUUCUGUCUCGGGAUCUACUACUACCGCGAUGCGAUCGCCGGACCCCCGGAGGCGUUCCGCGAGAUGAUCGCGGCGCAGAAGAAGGAGGAGAUCUUCAAUACCAUUGCUUCGCCGAGGGAUGUGGCCGGGUUGACCACGGAGAUGGUGCCGCCUACCGUCACGAGGCAGAUGCAGGUUCCGUGGAUGAUGAUCAAUCCGACCGAGGAGGUGUUGAAGCGGCAGGUGGAGAUCGUCGAGGAGGUGUACACGGAAGCGGUGAAGACCAUCCCGGGCUUCGCUGCAUCGCUGAAUUUCAUUCCCGUGGGAGAGCAGGGGAGGUGGGACAAUGUCCUGGGAUUGAAGAAGGGUGUCAAGUAUCUCCAAGUGCACAACUUCAUCGGCUGGCCUAAUGAGAAGGACGAUGGCGCAGUGCGGGAGGUCGCCAGGCAGAUUGCCAGACGUAGUACGGAGUAUCUCAAGGAGGUUGGGCAUUUUGAUAAGUUUAUUUACAUGAACUACGCAUGGGACGAGAUGGACCCGAUCGCGACGUACGGAGAGGAGAACAUUGAAAAGAUCCGAAAGGUGCAGGAGAAAUACGAUCCCGACGGCGUAUGGACGAAGCUCGUCAAGGGCGGGUUCAAGGUUCCGCCACGGACUGGUGCCGUAUAGAGUAGUUGCAGAGACGAGGAGCAUGUGGAUUAUAUAGAGUACUGUAUCUGUAAUGUGGACAGAAUAUAUAGAGCACCUAUAUAAGAUGUAAUUGAAGUAAGGUG